UGUAUCUUUUGAGUGUCACAGGUGACCGCAUUUGAUUUCAAAUUUUGCCGGCCUCUCCUGUUAAAAUAUUUCACCAGCAAGUUUAUCAAUUAACUAGUAUAUUCAUUAUCAUCGAAUACCAUCAGUCCGAUGGAGGAGCCAAAGAAAAGGAAUAGUAGUUGGUUGAAAUCGUCAUUUGAUUUUGGCCCAUCUAAAAAACCACUUUCUCAUAGACAUGCCAAACCGCCAGGAAAUAGUAAUAGUUUUGAGGAGUCCGUGCACGUAAUCGGUCACCAGCAACAUACAAAGAAUGUCACUUGCUUGAAUACAUUGUUAUUAGCAUGCGAACCGCAGAAAGCAUUGGAUUUGGCUAUUAGUAGGCAAAAGCAAAAUGAACUUAAAACUUGGCUGCAAACUAAGUCCCGGGAAUAUAAACCAUGCAUUCUUAUUAUUUCUGGUCCAUCCGGAUGUGGGAAGACUAUGGGUUUUAAAAUUCUUGCAAAAGAAAACGGUUACGAUAUCGUAGAGUGGGUUAAUCCAGUUGACCAGCUGAUGGCCGAAGAUUAUAGGGUAAUGCGUCAGGCAGACAAAUUUGAAGACUUUUUGAUUCGCGCCACUCGAUACAACUCUGUAUUUGGCAACAGUACCAGGCGCGUUCUGUUAAUUAAAGAUUUUCCAAAUGUUUUUACCGAGGACAAGGAAAGCUUCUAUGCUAUUCUAGAAAAAUAUUAUCAAUUGGGCAAAGAACCUCUUGUGCUGAUUUGCACGGAUUCUAAGAACUAUGGAAUAUUGCAAAUUUUGUUUCCUCCACAUGUGAUGCUCAGAUUUCACAUCGAUCACAUAAGCAUUAAUCCAGUUACUCAAGCCUCUAUGAAGAAUGUUAUGAAGCGCGUUUCAACCAUUUUAGCUUCCAAAGCCAGCCACAUUCUCAACGUGACUCAGGAAACAGUCAACGAAGUAUUAGCCAGCGGAAUUGGGGAUGUGCGAAAUAUUCUGCUGAGAUUUAUUUUUUCUUCUAUCAGAGUUUCCCAAAGCCCAUCUAACAAUCAAUGUACAAACCGAGCAAAUUGUGUGAGUCUUCUUCAUGGAAUCGGGCAGGUAAUAUAUCCUAAAAGAGUUGUCCAGAAUGAAUCGUGGACAUUUGUACAUACACCAGAGGAAAUUGCACAAUCGUUCGCGCCGCAAUCAGGACAGUUCUACCGGUUUCUUCAUGAAAAUUAUCUGAACACCAUGACAGUCAUGGAAAAGGUUGAACUAGCAUCGGAAGUAAUCAGCAUGGCAGACUGCAUGUUAUCCGAGUGGCGUGAUUUCAACUUAAUGACAGUAGCACUCACUUUCUGCAUUCGUGGAAUAAUGCUCGCGAAUGAUGUACCAAAUACUGGAUGGAAACCUGUACGAAAACCACAGUAUGAUGAUAGAAAUGUACGAAGAGACCUUGCUGAAGCGGAAGUAAAAUGGUACCAAUCUAUUAUUUCUUCGGCAACAAUGGAUGUUGAGGAAUCUCCCAAUUUGAUGCUUGAAUCUGUUAUCGUGUAACUCAUUGUAUCGUAAGUUAUAUCACAGAAAUAAAAUUAUUAUAUUCGUAGGCUUCAAAGAAU